UGUGAUAGUGUUGUUGAGCUCUUCCUUGACCAAGUCGUUCCAGGCAGCCAUGGCAUCUUUCAAGGAGAUCGUCGACCGCGCUCGUGCCGCUUUCCAAUCGGGGCGCACUCGGUCCGUAGAGUUUCGCAAACAGCAACUGCUCCAACUCAAGAAAAUGUACGAGGAGAACCGGCAGACGUUCCUCGACGCCGUUCAUUCCGAUCUGAGGAAGCCGAAGCUCGAAGCAACUCUGUUCGAAACCGGGUUCGCUGAGAAGGACUUGGACUUCCUCCUGACGCGCGUGGAUGACUGCCUGAAGCCGCAGGAGGUCGCCCCGGUGAUGCCGCAGGACAAGUGCCUCAUCUACAAGGAUCCCUACGGCGUCGUCCUUGUUAUGGGCGCUUGGAACUACCCUCUGCAACUCAGCCUCAUUCCCGCGGCAGGUGCAAUCGCUGCCGGAAACGCAGUCAUAAUCAAGCCUUCAGAAGUCGCCCCCGCCACAGCCGCUGCCAUCGCUAAGCUCGUGCCUCAGUAUCUUGACAAGGAGUGCUUCCACGUCGUGUGUGGGGGCGUUGCAGAAACCACUGAGCUCCUGAAGCAGAGGUUCGACUACAUCUUCUACACCGGGUCCACGGGCGUCGGCAAGAUCGUUAGGGAUGCGGCCAACAAGUUCCUCACGCCCACAACCUUGGAACUGGGCGGGAAGUGCCCCUGCUACGUCGACCAAACGGCAGACCUCGACAUCGCCACACGGAGGAUCCUGUGGGGCAAGCUGUUCAACCUGGGCCAGACCUGCAUCGCCCCCGACUACAUCAUGUGCCCCAAAGCCGUCGAGGGGGAGAUCGUCGCCAAGGCCAAGGAGAUCCUGAAGGAGUGGUACGGCGACAGCCUGGAGAAGAACCCCGACCUGUGCCGAAUCGUGGCCGAGAGACAUGUUGACCGCCUCGCAGGGUACCUGAGCAGCGGAAGGGUCGCCGUCGGAGGGAAGUAUGACAGGAAGAGCAAGUGGGUCGAACCGACGAUCCUGGUGGGCGUGAAGGAGGACAGCAAGGUCAUGCAGGACGAGGUCUUCGGCCCGAUCCUCCCUAUCCUAAAUUACGAGAAUUAUCAGGAUGCCAUCAACUUCAUUAACAAGGGUUCGGCGGCGUCGGCCACAGCGGGAUGGGCGCUUACCACGGCGACUACACCAUCGACACUUUCCUGCACAAGAAAUCCGUCCUCAUCAGGAAUUUCGAUUCUGCUCCUGAAAAGAUGUUGGCGGUCCGCUACCCUCCCUACACCGAUGAGAAACUGAAGAUUCUCAGCGCAUAAGGAGAUCCUCACGACCUCCACUUUCUAAUCUUCCACCUCUUUCUCUUCCAGUAUCUUCAUCUGCACUUUCGUGUCUUUCGCUCUCUUCUCUUCCACUUUCUUCUCCCAUACUCUCUUCCACUUUCAUUUUCUUCUCUUCCACUUUUUUUUCUCCUCUACUUUAUUCCCUUUCUUCCCUUCACACUUUCUUACACUCCUUUUCCACUUUCAUUCGGUUUUCUUCCACUUUCUUCCGCAUUGUCCCUUUUUCUCCCAAGGCGGACCAUUGAUAUCCUUGAUCUAAAGAAAAAAUAAAUAAAAUACCGUUAAUUGCUAA